CUAAAUUUGAACACCAAAUAACACUUAGUAAAUUAUCAGUGACUGUAAAUUAAUUUGUUUCGAUUCCAAUUUGGAUGAGAUGGAGAUGGAAACGGCGAACGUGAAUGAGACAGAAAGCCAGGUCCUUCUAGACAGCAUAUCUAGGAGGUGGCGUGAUUUUCGGGACAACAAGCAGUUUAUAGACGCCACCAUCGUCUGCAGCGACGGAGGCAGUUUUUCCGUUCAUAGAGUCAUUCUUUCGGCGUACAGCAGGUUUUUCAAAGCGAUGUUCACGAACCCCAUGAGGAUCGAUGAGGGUAACAAAUUCGAGCUAAGGAACGUCAGAAGUAGUGAGUUGGAAGUUUUGCUGAGUUACGUGUACGAUCGUCAGCUGGACAUCAACUUGGAUAAUGUGUUUCAUCUCCUUCACGCUGCAGAUUAUCUCUCCUUCUUGGAUGUCCACAAGGCCUGCGUGGAGUUCCUCAAGAACACUCUGAACCACAACAACUGUCUGAGCAUCAGGACGUUCGCAAGGAACCACUUCAUUGAUGAUCUGGAGAAAGACGCCCAAAUGUUCCUGCACAAGAACUUCCCUCAAGUUGCCGAGAGCUCCCAGGAAAUCCUCUCCCUGCCUCUGGACGAGCUCGUGCCCAUCCUGGACUCCGACCUGUUGAAUGUCAGGAACGAGAAUAUAGUGUGGAAGCUUGUAAUCCGCUGGGUCGACCAUGACAAGGAUAGCCGCAUUCCUCAUCUGGUCGCUCUACUCAAAUGUAUCAGGCUGGGGCUGAUGGACGUACAGUACUUUCUAGAAGAGGUGAAGAACCACCCGUAUAUCCUGGGCAAUGAGGCUUGCAGACCAGUAGUGAUAGACACGUUGAAGGUGCUGAUGGACGUUGAGACCAUCACUCAGCAGAACGGAGUAGUGCUGACGCCGGAGUGCGCCAGACCGAGGAUACCCCAUGAGGUGUUGUUCGCCAUCGGGGGAUGGAGCGGAGGAAGUCCGACCAACGCUGUGGAAACCUACGAUACCCGGGCGGACCGCUGGAUCCAGAUUCUCGAGGCGGACCCUACCGGGCCCAGGGCCUACCACGGCACAGCUGUCAUUGGCACAGACAUAUAUGUCAUCGGUGGCUUCGAUGGAAUGGAAAACUUCAACUCCUGCAGAUGCUUUAAUGCUGUGACGAAAACUUGGAGGGAAAUUGCUCCAAUGCAUGAACGGAGGUGUUACGUGAGUGUGGUGGUGUUAGGCGACAUGUUGUACGCCAUGGGAGGUUACAACGGACAUCACAGACAGAACACUGUGGAGAAAUACGACUACAGAACUAACCAGUGGACUGUGGUAGCUCCUAUGACAGUUCAGAGAAGUGAUGCAUCCGCAACCGUCUUCAACGGCAAGAUCUACAUUACCGGAGGGUUUGAUGGUAGAGAAUGCCUCAACACAGCAGAAGUGUACGACCCCGCCACCAACAUGUGGGCCAUACUGCCUCCCAUGCGGUCUCGGCGUAGUGGGGUGUCCUGCAUUGCCUACAGAGGCUGCAUCUACGUACUAGGAGGGUUUAACGGGGUAUCUCGUAUGAACAGUGUAGAAAAGUUCAACCCUUCGACCAACCAAUGGCACGCUGUUCCCGACAUGUACACGAACCGCAGCAACUUCGCCAUUGAGGUCAUAGACGACAUGAUUUUCGCCAUUGGCGGAUUCAACGGCAUGACAACCAUACAUCAAGUAGAGUGUUACGACGAAACAACAAACUCCUGGUCCAUCCGGAGAUUUCGCGACGUUUCGAAAUCUCGUCUCCGUCGUACUAUCUUCACCAGGUGCUCCUCCCUCAGCCGCGCCGCUCCAAUGCGAGGAGCCUGGGGGGACGGUGUGGAGAGAACGGGGGUUAGGAGUAGACUCAAAAAGGAACCGGGCGUGUGGUACGAGGCAACAGAUAUGAAUGUGUUUCGCUCAGCGCUGUCAGCCUGUGUAAUUUCCAACCUGCCCAACAUCAACGACUACAUUCAUCAAAACCGGGACAUGCUGAUGGAGGAGAAGCGACAACGGUUGUUGGCGUUGAGUCAGAACGACAGCAACAACAACAACAACGACAAUACCGCAGCAAUCAGCACCAACAACUCUGCAAUUGCCAACAUCAGUCAAGCUAUUCAAGAGGUCAAUAACGCUGUUGGCAUGGCCGAAGAAGAUGUGGAAGCACCAGCAGUCGAAACAGAAGAUGUUCCAAUGAACUAGGGCAGGAGACGUGUUUUUCCAGAGAGAAAAUUUGUGUUUUAACAUUAUAUAACAUGUCGGC